UCCAGAGAGAGUCAACUUCAGACUUCUCUCUGGAGAAUUCCCAUAUACCCGCACGUGUCCCCGAAUUAUCCAUAUUUUCGGAUAAUGCAAUUGCCCUGAGUACCUCCCAAAAAAGUUCAGAACAAUAAAUAAAUUUCCGAAGUUUCCAUUAAAUUCUGAAAAAUGAGUACAAUACUGGAGAAAAUCGCUGCGAUCGAGCAGGAGAUGGGAAGGACCCAGAAGAACAAAGCAACUUCUGGCCAUUUGGCUAUGCUAAAAGCCAAACUAGCAAAACUUCGACGUGAAUUAAUUACCCCAAAAGGAGGCGGUGGCGGUGGUGAGCAGGGGUUCGAGGUCGCUAAAACUGGAGAUGCUAGAAUAGGAUUUGUCGGUUUUCCAUCGGUUGGAAAGUCAACUUUGCUCAGUACUUUGGCUGGAGUUUAUUCCGAAGUUGCUGCAUAUGAAUUUACCACACUAACGACUGUCCCGGGUUGUAUCAAGUACAAGGGUGCUAAAAUACAGUUGCUUGAUCUCCCUGGAAUCAUCGAAGGUGCGAAAGAUGGAAAAGGAAGAGGAAGACAAGUAAUCGCGGUGGCGAGAACUUGCAGUCUUAUAUUUAUUGUUCUGGACGUGUUGAAGCCACUCGGCCACAAACGACUGAUUGAGCACGAGCUGGAGGGCUUUGGGCUGCGACUCAACAAACAGCCUCCAAACAUCAAUUUUAGAAAGAAAGAAAAAGGUGGAAUCAAUCUCCAGACGAUGUGUGCACAAUCAGAGUUGGAUUUAGAUACCGUCAAGACGAUUUUGGCUGAGUACAGGAUCCACAACGCCGACAUCACCCUGAGAUACGACGCAACAGCUGACGACCUCAUCGAUGUCAUCGAAGGAAAUCGAGUUUACGUCCCCUGCAUUUAUUUACUCAAUAAAAUUGAUCAAAUAAGCAUUGAGGAACUCGAUGUAAUCUACAAAAUUCCUCACUGCGUCCCAAUAUCUGCCCAUCACAAGUGGAACUUCGAUGAUCUCCUGGAGAAAAUGUGGGAUUAUCUUCAAUUAGUUAGAAUUUACACGAAACCCAAGGGGCAGUUGCCAGAUUACAAUUCCCCAGUGGUCCUCAAUACAGAUCGAAGAACUGUGGAAGAUUUCUGCAAUAAACUCCAUCGAUCGAUCGCCAAGGAAUUCAAAUAUGCUCUCGUCUGGGGCUCUUCCGUCAAACAUCAGCCCCAAAAAGUCGGAAAAGAUCACGUCCUCUGCGACGAAGACGUCGUGCAAAUAGUGAAGAAAGUCUGAGUUUUUAUUUUACUCGAGGAUUUUAUAAAAAUAAAGAGAUUGAAUGAUAUUCAAUGGAUAAAAGAUACAGUGAAUUCAGCGAGAGAAAAUAUUUCUGUCAAUUAAAUUGACACAUCAAAUUUCAACCAACAGAAAAUAUUUCAGGAGUUUUGUGUUUCAUUUGCCAGAAUUCCCUUUUUUCUCAGUGAUCUUUUAUACGAACUGUAAAAAAUGAACUACUGAUGAUUCUGAUUUGCUUUAUUGUAAUAUAAUUAUGGUAAUAAAAUGAACGCGUACGAAUUAUUGAA